AUGAACUCAGUCUCUACUUUUUCUGAACUGCUCUGCUCCGAGAACGAGUCUCCGGUUAAUACGGAAGGUGGUGAUUACAUUUUGGCGGCGAGCUGUCCCAAGAAACCUGCUGGUAGGAAGAAGUUUCAGGAGACACGCCACCCCAUUUACAGAGGAGUUCGUCUGAGGAAGUCAGGUAAGUGGGUGUGUGAAGUGAGGGAACCAAACAAGAAAUCUAGAAUUUGGCUCGGAACUUUCAAAACAGCUGAGAUCGCAGCUCGUGCUCACGACGUUGCCGCCUUAGCUCUCCGUGGAAGAGGCGCCUGCCUCAACUUCGCCGACUCGGCUUGGCGGCUCCGUAUCCCGGAGACGACCUGCGCCAAGGAUAUCCAGAAGGCUGCUGCUGAAGCCGCAUUGGCUUUUGAGGCCGAGAAGAGUGAUACCACGACGAAUGAUCAUGGCAUGAACAUGGCUUCUCAGGUUGAGGUUAAUGACACGACGGAUCAUGACCUGGACAUGGAGGAGACGAUAGUGGAGGCUGUUUUUAGGGAGGAACAGAGAGAAGGGUUUUACAUGGCGGAGGAGACGACGGUUGUGGGUGUUGUUCCGGAGGAACAGAUGAGCAAAGGGUUUUACAUGGACGAGGAGUGGAUGUUCGGGAUGCCGACCUUGUUGGCUGAUAUGGCGGCAGGGAUGCUCUUACCGCUGCCGUCCGUACAAUGGGGACAUAAUGAUGACUUCGAAGGAGUUGCUGACAUAAACCUCUGGAGUUAUUAG